AUGGCGCUGAAACCGUCCGCCAAAAAAGCGACAAAAGAUGGAAGAAUCAGAAAGCUAGUCGAAGACAGUAGACAAGAAGCAUCGACAAAAGGACAGCUAUACGGUCUACAUCUACCCAAGUCUAUCCUGAUACAGACGUCUCCUUCAAAUCCAUGUCUACUAAUGAGUUCAUACUCAUUCGUUAGUGAUGGAUUUGAAAGCAUCGAUGCUGAACCGUCUCGUCCUGCUCAGUGCAAUAAGCGAUUCACUAUUUCGGCGCGGUAG